GUAAACUUCACGCUUUAAAUCGGCGAAACGGUUUUAGUCCAAUAAGAACAAAUGCAUGGGAAACUCAGUGCGAAAAACAUUAGCCUAAUAAUAAAGUAAAUUAAUCGUGUUCGUGAAUUAAAAACAAAACAGCAACAAACAAUUAUAUCUAAAGCCAGAAAGUGUUUAAUUAUCAAAGAAUGCCAAUAAGAAAAAAUAAAUAAACAAAUAAAAUAUUGUAUAAAAAUUAAAAAAAUAAAAACAAAAACAAUAUAAAAAAUCAAGUAAAUACUUAAUUAAAAUAGAAAUGAUUUGGGCGAUUUCUUUAGUUAAACACCUCUUUUGGUGUGCUAACACGCUUGGCUUGGUCGUUGGUUUGAUUACGGCCUUAAUUUGCGUGAUCUUCAUGGAUUCCGUACAGAAUACGCAUUUGAUUUAUUGCCUAUUUGGCUUACUGGUGGGUCUGCUAACGGCUGUGGCAGCUUUGGUGGGCUAUAGCGCUAUUAGUCCACCGAAAACAGCGAUGAUGUGGUUGUAUUGCGCUUUGUUUACAAUUCUAUUCAUCAUCCAAAUGUACAUUGUAACGCAUUUCCAAGCGAGAAAUAUAGUUACUGCUACAGUAGAAGACAUUGAGUUGCUUUGGGAAAGGGAAUUGGUGAGCGAAGGUCCAAUGGCCAGUAUUGAAAGUCGGUUCCACUGCUGUGGUCUAAAUAAUUACAGUGAUUACACGUCUGCGAAUAUGCCACUGCCUGCCAGUUGUUUUUAUACGGAAAACGACGCCUGGAUUUACUACACUGAUGGCUGUUUGGAAAAAGUGAAAUUCGCCGCUUAUCGGGCAAGUAAUGCGUUGACCAUCGCUGGAUUUCUUCUGACCGCGACGCAGCUGCUAGCUUUAAUAUUUUCAAUCACACUCACUUUAAUAUAUCAUCGAACAGGAGAGUAUGAAGAAUUUUAAUAAUAUAACUAAUAUUUAUUUAUUUUUUUUCAAGUUUAGCAUUUAAAUUU